AUGAAUUCGUUUUGUUUAUGCAACCAUUUACAGAUUCAAUGCGUGAAUAGUCAGUGUUGGGGUGGCUAUAGUUCGAGUUUCAAUCCUUAUUCAUACAACUAUGGUUACGGACAACCAUAUUAUCCCCAAAUGGGUUACCAGUUUGGAUAUCAACCAGAGGAAUAUUAUCAAACUUACUACAAAGGUGAAGAACCAACCGUGAUAGUGAUAAAUGGUGAACGUGGUGAUGAUGGUUUUGAAUGGAUGGACAUUUUAUCAUUCAUAUCAUCAUUGCGUGAUAACUCUGGAGGACCUGUUUACAUACCCUACCCUGUACCCAUGGGUAAUAGCGAUUGUGGUUGCUCAGAUUGCGGCUCUAGAAGCAAUGGUUGCGAUCGCUGUAAUAAAUGUCAAAAUUGCAACGACUGUAAUUGCAACUGCUGCAAAAAACAAGAAUCAAGUUGCGGAUGCAAUUCAGGCAAUUGUCAGAGUUGUGGUUGCAAUAAAUCUAUAAAACAUAAAAAUAAUUGCUGUUGCAGAUCUUAA